AGAUGAUCGAGAGCAUCUAAAAUUAUACGCCAUCACAUGAAUCGUAAUUACAGCAUAUAAAUUGUACAUACUCUGAGAGGGUGACUCUCUAUCCGGCUCGGAAGAGACCUCCAUCCUUCCAUCAUGAUCCGGCGAUCUCGAAAAGGUUGUUGGACUUGCAAAAAGCGCCAUAAGAAAUGCGACGAAGCGCAUCCGGCUUGCGGGCGAUGUAUACAAGCAAAAAUAAGUUGCGAAGGGUAUGGAACGCGCCUCACAUGGGGCCCAUCCGAUAUAGAUUCGUCGACGACAGGGAUUUUGUUAAAUCCUGUCCGUCAGUCACGCCUCGAACAGAGAUCCAUAGGCUUCGAUGAUUCCAAUAUCGCGUCCAAUGCGUCGAUGGAGCUGAAUGACAUGGUGGAAUCAGGUCAAGUUUGGUCACCGGAUAGCCAACUGGACAUGCUCUAUCUCCAACACGGCGUCGGCUCCACACCUAGCACAGAGACAGAGCCAAGUGAUGAGGUGUCAAAAAGGCUCAUGGAAAAUUUUGUCACCAGUGGGCAUUUAACACUCACGGGCAGAAAUGGACAGGGUAGCCUGCUGAAAUCAGAUAUUCUGCCUCUCUGCGAGACCUCUCCGUCCCUCCGUCAAACCUUUUUGGCCUACCAAGCAAGUGUGGAGGAGGAUUCGAGGCAUCUCACACCGAUUUACCUCCAGUCGGCUCUUUCUAGCUACUUUGAAGAUCUCGUCACACCUGAAAAGCUUGAACUAGAUGCAACGCUCUCAACCGGCGUCCUUUUAUGUAGCGUCAGCAUAUCCUCUCUAUACAUUUGGACACCCCUAAUGAAGGGACUACGCGCUGUUUUGCAACACCGAGGGCUUCUUAGCAACGCUCAGCGGCCAGUGCUGGCUGACCAUCUGGUUGAAGUCAUUGCCCUCUUGGACAUUCCCCACUUCACUUUGAACCGAAUUAGUCAACCCAUGAAUCUGUGGACCACAUAUGUGGCCCCUAGCAAAACAUCUGGCAUUGAGCACACGUCUGGCCUGCCGUACUCACUCAUCAACAUACUGGCGGAUUUAGAAUCGCCCUAUGCCGAGAAAAGGCUUCUCGAAUGGACGGGCGAGCUUGGAGAUGAGUUUCUUCAAAUUCACAUCUGGGAGGCCUUCCGUCUAGCGUCUAUCCUUCACAGCCGGGCUCUUCGAUCUAUUAUCGCAACCCGUAACGGCGGCGAAUCACCCAUUUCAGAAACUCCCAGCAAGGAACUUAUACGGAUGAAGACAUUCGCAUCUAUCCAAGCAAUAGUGGAUUCCGGAGCAUUUACCUUUCGACAGCCGCUAGUUGCUCCCCUAGUUUAUCCUUUAUUCAUCGCCAGUCUUUUCACAGAGGACAAGGCUCAGGAGCGAAGGGUGGCUGGCGUUACGUUCCAUCACUUGAAGAACAAUGGCGAGGGGCGGAACAACCAAGUAGCGUGGGACAUUGUUCAGGAAGUUUGGGAAAGGGCAAAAGUUCAGCCCGACGUGUCGAGGCUCACUUUAGCUACGGAUUUUGCAGCAGAGCUGAAGAUUGAAAUGUAUUUGUACUAAUCCAAGCCCCCCCAACGGAUACGCUUAGUGAAUACAUCCGGUGCUGCACUUCCUCG